AUGAGGAAACCACUAAAUGAUCUAUUGGUAUGCCUAACCCAUUUCCUUCUUUGUUUCAAGUUUACACAAGCGUUUGAGACUGUGGUAAGGAACCUUUACUUUUUGACACUGACCACACGUACUUAUAGACGCACGCAGACACUUCUCCAAAUAAUGUGUCCUCGGGUUUGGCAGGUAAAGCGAUGCGGCAUUAUGCAGUGCCGCCGUACACUGGAUCAGGCCAACCUCAAUUAUAUGCAGUUCAGCCUCAAUACCCUCAAUAUUACUUUGGUAAGUUUGCGGUCGUGUUCAUAGUUUUACUGGAAAAGAAGAUCCAGCAAACCUAUCUUAAGUAUUAACUUUAUGAAUGGAAAAGACCAAAGCGAGUUUAGCUAAGCGAUUUUCUAACAGUUUGAGUUAACAUAAACCAAUCUUCUCGCAGGACCUCAGCCCCAAAAUCCAUGUCUUCUACCGCAGCAAGUUGGAACUGGUCCCUACCGAAUCCCUAGGUGGUACUUUAAUCCUGCCAGACAAGCGUGUGAACUAUUCUACUGGUCGGGUUGUUGUGGUAACAGUAAUAACUUCCAGACUUAUCAUGACUGCCAGAAACGAUGUGAAGGUAAUUUUGUUAGUUUGAUAAUGCUUGAAAAAAAGAGUAAUAUAAGGCUGUGUUCUGAAAACUGAAACAUGUAUUAUAAUAUAUUCUCAGAAGUUGUCGUCGAUAUUGUAAAACUUUUCUGCAAAACUUUUAUUCAGGAGGUAACGCCGCAAAACCUAAUACUGUCGUAUUUGUGCCGUUCACGCUAACAUUUACAAUGAAACCAACCGGAAACACGAACCUCCAACCGCUUCCAACUGCGCAGACGGCAAAUUGUCAAUCCGGAGAUUGCCCAAAAGGACAUAUUGCGGGAAGUGGAGCACCGUUGGUCCCAAUAACUCCCGUACCAAGGUUCAUUCCGGUCACUCCAUCCAGUCCACACCUACCGCCACCAGUUCCGACGGCCCAAUUAAGGCCGAUCCCAGCGAUAGGUACGUUUUCAUGCUGUGAAUUUGUGAGUCUCAACGCACGCCAACCACAAGUUACAGAUCAAACAGCGUUCAAAGUGCAAUUGAAUUUUUUUAACCACAGUGCUAUGUUUGUAAUACAAAGAUUUACAAAUUUAAUCAUCCUAAACACUAACUUACAGUAAGAGUGUGUGACCUUGAACUAGAUUCUGGCGUGGGUUCAAUGGAAAUAAUUCGUUACUACUACAACAAACGAACCCGCAUGUGUGAAGAGUUUCGCUACAGAGGUCAAGGCGGAAAUAGAAACAAUUUUCUGUCGCUGCCGGAGUGCCGCAAAGUGUGUCCAGGUAACCUGUCACGGCACAAUAUCGGCACUCACAGCACAGCACCAUUGUGCAUAUUUGAAUUUCUUUUUAAAUUUAAAUACAUACGUAUUAUUGUAGCACCUUAUGGACACAAUACACAUGUCUUUGUAUCCGUACGGUCACUUGUAAACUUGCCUUUCAGAAAGCCCAUCGCCUUGUGCUUACGGCGACCUCACCCCGGCAAACCAGCCUCUUCAAUGUCAGCCUGGAACGACGGUCGCACAAACCUGCGGCGGUGAGCAAUUUUGCCAUAUCGGCGCAUCUCCCCAAACCACAGUUUGCUGUCCAAAGCCAGGUAAGGCACUUAUGGUACCGUUGUUGUUUGCAGGUCCUAAGUCCGUAACCAAUCAUUUAUUUACAGCUGAUUUGGAUCCAUGCGGUCAGCCGAUGUCUACCGGAGUUGGAAACGCAAACCUCCAGCGGUGGUAUUUUAACUCCAUGGCACAGCAAUGUCAGCCGUUGCAGUAUCGAGGACUGCAAGGAAAUGAAAACAAUUUCUUAACACAGAACGCAUGCCAAGCUCAGUGCCAAGGUGAGGCUGUAUUAUCUUUAUUAAAACAAACGUAAUUUUUUUUAGUAAAUCCGUGUCGGGUUGGGAUUCCGUUUCGCAACACCAACGGAAUGCUUGCAUAUUGCGCUGCCAACGAUGCUAGCGAAUGUCCUACCGGGUACUAUUGCCACAUUGGUGCCAAUGCGCAGACAAGUGUUUGCUGUCAAGCGUUAGGUCAGUUUAUGUGCGGUCAACGUCAUUUGCGUGUUUUUGAAGUACUUAACUAAGGUUGAUGUGUAUGCUGUGCCAAAACAUUUCAGAGAUCAACCCUUGUAAAGAGCCAAAGAUUGAAGGAGAAGGUCUAGCGCGUCAAGUGCGAUACUAUUUUGAUGUAGAAAGAAAGGAGUGCUUACCGUUCGAGUACAGAGGGCUGAAAGGAAAUCCAAACAACUUUGUCUCCAAGACCGCUUGUGAGGUAGGCCCGUAGUUUGGAAACCCUUCUGUGGUCAAAAUGCUUCCCUCUCCAAGUGAAAAAUUCCGAUUUCGAAAGCGCGCCCGGUCUUUUUGUGAGGGAAAGUUCUCCGUUUCAAGACGGAGUUUUUUUCACUUGGAGAGGAAGCAUUUUGCCACAUUUUUGAUGCUCCCCCCCUGCAAAAUGGUACGCUUUCUGCCACUGGAUCAGGUCCGUCACUGUAUAUAAAAAGAAAAAACCGGAUUUAUAAUUUAAAAAUACCUUGUAAUAUAUAAGAGACCCGGUUAUUCACCCUUUGGAAACUUCACAAUUCUUUUGCAGCGUCGUUGCCCAGUCUGGGUGAACCCCUGUGCAAAAGGACAGCCCAUCCUUGAUGUCACUAAUAAACCCGAACUAUGCCACUUGGGACGACCAUGUCCUCAGAAUUACUAUUGUCAUAUAGGAUUCAACGAUGAAACAACAGUAUGCUGUCCGGCCAGCUCUACAAACCCGUGCACGGUACCAUUAAACCAAGGAAUGGGGUAUCAUAUAAUAAACCGGUGGUAUUACAACAGUGCAACAAGGCAAUGCGAGAGAUUUGUGUACAAGGGCAGUCAUGGGAAUGAAAACAAUUUCCUUGUCAGGGACCAAUGCGAAGCGACUUGCCCGUCGUUCCCAAAUCCGUGUCCAACCGGUGAGCCUCUAUUUGACGAGAAAGGCGUCUUACCAAGAUUGUGCAAUCCACAAGAGGAGUCUUCAUGUCCCGCUACAUAUUUUUGCCAUUUUGGGCAAACCAACACGACAAGAGUCUGUUGUCCCGGAAAGGUUGACCCAUGCUUACUAGCGAGAUCCAAGGGAGAAGGGCCAUAUGCGGAGACGAGAUGGUAUUUUGAUAUUAGUUUGAAACAAUGUCUUCCAUUUGAAUUUUUUGGGAUGAAAGGGAACGGUGUAAGUAGCUCUUUUUCUUUGCGGUUAAUGUUAAUCAAUUUUUUAGAACAAUUUUGCCACUAAAGCUGAUUGCGAAAGGGCUUGCCCAGUAUUUGCUGACCCCUGUCCGGACUCUUUCACCAUGGAUGUUUUGGGUGUUCAAUAUCACUCGAAUAUCCAUUACCAAAAAUGCGACAUAGACACGCGUGAGUCGUGCCCUCUAGACCAUUGGUGUCAUAUUGGAAGUGAUUCACAGACUACAUUGUGCUGUCCUAA